AUGGCUCCCGUAAGUGUUGUGGCUGCUAUCAAGAGCCUCUACACUAAACAUCAGGAUGAGCCGACCCUGUCGGUAAACACAGUCCGCCUACUCUCGGUCGUCCUUACUUUACUUUAUGUGGUGCCACUCUAUCUGUCGCCUACAACGCGACCCACGCCCAGCCUCAGCCGUGAUGCCCCGUCCGUGAUUCGUGCGCGCAUCCGCAUCGUCUCGGGCUCUUGCAUGCUGGCUUCGCUACUCGUUCUUUGGUUGAUUGUCAACCAAGGGAACUCCUCUGUUGCCGCCGCUGUCACCUUAAUGGGCUGGUGGCCUAUCAGUGUGGCUGAUGUUGCCCGAAGUCUGCUCCUGACAGCUGUUUUGUUCAUUGGACCACUUUAUGAGCGUGGAAUCGUCGAGGGUGAAUGGCGAUCUUGGUUCCAACCUAGUAAAUACUCCGAAAGUCUACGAGGCUGGAUUGGCUGGAGAAACUAUAUUGCUGGACCUAUCACUGAGGAAAUCAUGUUCCGUUCUGGACUCAUCCCUCUUCAUCUCCUUGCACAGUUUUCCCCGGGUCACAUUGUGUUCAUCUCGCCGCUGUACUUUGGCAUUGCCCAUGUUCAUCAUUUCUACGAGUUCAGACUUACCCACCCAGACACCCCCGCAUGGGCUGCAUUACUGCGCUCGAUCGUUCAAUUUGGCUACACAACCAUUUUUGGCUGGUACGCCACCUUUGUCUACCUGCGCACCGGCUCCUUGCUGGCUGUUAUCCUGAUCCACAGCUUCUGUAACUGGUCUGGUCUGCCCCGUUUCUGGGGCCGUGUUGAAGCCGGUCAGCCUAUUAGUCCGCCUAUCACUCGUGGCAAAAGCGAUUUCCGUGCUUCUGCUGGCAAUGGUCAGUUGAGCAUCGCCUGGACAAUUGCGUAUUAUCUGCUGCUCGUCACUGGAGCGGUGGCCUUUGCACAGCUUCUGUGGCCUCUGACGGAGUCUUAUCAUGCCUUGAUCUCGUUCUCUCCCUAUGUCUCCAGUCCUGCGGCAUCAAGGGGCUCCAGUUUCUCUAGUUGA